ACCCGCCAGAUUGCUGACCUUGAAGAUAAACAAUCAACAAAUAACAAACUAGAAUCGGGUGUUAUUAAAAUGUAAUUAUUAGUUUAAAUCAGUAAAACCCAUCCUAACGACACCGUUUUAAAUUUAUUUAGUAGAUUUUCCCUCCAAACCCUACCAAUGGAAGACUACGGACCGGCGUUAUCCACACCUUGCCAGCCUAAUCAGGAACCUGCAAACGUCGAACAGCCUGUCUAUGCGCAACUAAUGCCAGCGGCCGUGAUGGCUGUCGAAGCAUAUUCGUAUGAGCAUCCUAGUGAAGUGGGACCUGUGCCUAAUUUAGUCACAGCGGUGCCGGUCAUCGAAACUACACACCCAACGGGAAUAUGUGUCCUUGAUUCGGGACCAAUUUCAGCUAGCGAAACUCCGUAUCCUCUGGACAACAACCCACCAUCACUGCAAAUUCACUCAUCGCCGUCUGCCAGUAAUGAGCCAAGCACGGAUUUGCCAGCAGAUGUUCAGCCAUCCACACAAGCUUUGUAUUCUGUUGCCGAAACAACUGCAUGCAAUGGCGUGUCAUUACCCGCUGGUGGUAGUCGUAUCGAUGCACCAACUAUGAUGGAUUCCAGUGUAACAGAAUCAUCUGCAUUUAUAUCGGACUCCACUUCCGGCCUUCACAAUCCUGUCAUGGAUGUGUCUAAUGAUAGACGACCAACGAAGGCAACCGAUGGGAAUAGUCCUUCCGAACCUUCCGAAAGCAGCGGCACGUUAGAUAAUGAAACAAUAUCAAAAAAUCGUACUGAAAAUGAUGGAGAUAGCGCAAUGAAGGUUCAGGAAGCAAACGACGAAAAACUGCAAUGUGAAUCAAAAGAUGGGCCCACACAACAACAAGAACAGCCGACAAUUGAAACGCAAUCCACACCUACCGCAGACGAAGAAGAACUGGUUGAAUCCCACCACGACGUGGAUGAAAACAGUAGCGACUCUGUGUUAUCGGAUGAAGACACCGAAAAUUCACCUAAUGUUUCAUCGCUGUUCAAAAAUGUCGUACUAGUACAGGCACACACUUUAGCAGCGGAGGAAACCGAUCCGGAAGAACUCGUAACAUCGCCGGCAGCAUUGGACGAAACAGAAGUGGACACGGAUCCAAUCGUUACUAGCUCGGUGGAAGAUAUUGGUCGGGAAGAGGAAUCGGAAGCAGACGAAAUGGUACUUCCAGCUGGAUUGUUUAUAGACGAGACGGAAGAUGUUCCGAAUGGCGAAGUGAUGGAGGGUGUGGCUGUUGGUCAGAUGGGUCAAAUCGUUGCCCUAGAUGCUCCUAUCAUUGAUUCAAACGAUGAGUACGAUCCACACAAUGGAAUUGACGAUGGGGAAAAUUCUAAAGGACGAUCAAUCAAACAGCAUACGUCACAAAAGUGCCAAAUGCGGAAACGUAAUCGAAUUGCAAUUGCGGAAAAAGAUAGAUUAAAUGACGAGGAAAAGAAAUCGAAAAGGUACAAAGAGUACCGCAAAACGAGCGAUGAUCCCUUCGGUUCCUGUUCAAACUCGUCGAGUGAAGAUGUGCCGAACGAUAUCUAUUUCGGCGCAUCCGAUCGCGUAUACACCGUCAGCACUAAACUACACUGGCAGCAUCAAAAGCAAAAGGGCAGAAAGCAUCAUUCGCGAGCAAAAGUCAGCACCGAUCGAGACGAUGAUGGGGUCGAGUCGAGUGACAACGAGGAAGAAGAAUGGAUCCGACGGAAGGCAAAAAAGGCGGAAGAAAUAGCACGCUUGAAACUUCCCGCCUAUCAGCAGCAGCAGUUGCAGCAAUUGGUGCUGAAGAAACAUCCAAAGCGUGACCGGUUUUACGACCGUUCGCAAGAUAUUCCGAAUGAUAUUUACUUUGGAAACGUUAAUGUUCCGUUACAUAUUCUUCAUGCUAGCAGCAGUAGCUCGUCGGACGAAGAACCGUGGCCUGAUAGGAGCGUGAAAUCCGCAUCAACUGUUGGAGCUUGCAGCAAGAAGUACCGUCAAUUGGAACACGUGCCCAAGAAAACGAAUUCUUCGUAUUCAAAAUCCUCCAACUACCGCAUUUACAAAAACCCAUCACCGAGAGCGGAAGCAGCAUCCAACCAGGGAAGUAUACGAUCCGUGCACAGGAUGAAGGAAUAUUUAAAAAUGGCAGGAUUUCGGCACAUGCGCUACCAAAAGCUUUGGCAAGGCUGUGAAACCAACCAGGAUCGUGCGGAGGCAAUAUUACGCUUCCUCCAGGAGCACGGUCUCCAGGGUGAGCCAACGGAUGAAAAGUGUCGCGAGCUUCGCAAACAAAUCCAGCUUCAAAAGGAGGUGGAAGUUUUGGAUACGAGUGUGAUUAUUGGUAGCGGAGAAGGACGUGUAACAAGGCAAAGGGCAAAGAAAGUUUCGGAAUCUUCUACUACUGAACCAGUUGUAAGUAACUUGCCGGAACAGCAUCUGCAAAGCAAGGAGGAGAAGGAGAUACAAACUCAACCUACAAACUGUGAAACAAUUGAGCAGGAAUCGCAAUGCGAGCAGCCUUCAUCAGAACAGCAACCACAGCAACAGGAGCAGGAAGAACAGGUUGCACAUGUUCCAUCGGAACAGUGCGAAGAACCUACAUUACCAAUAGGUGAAAGCUCCAAUGGUUCAAAUACACCUUUAAACGGAUGAUUUUUUAUUUUCAUUUCCUCAAUCCAGAGGAAUAAUUCUAAACAUAUGAAAGUAUGUUUUUAUAUUUUAUUUCCAUUUAUUUUGAUAGUCACUUCAUAUUCUAAUUAUAACGUACACUACUACAUAGUCAUUGGCAAAGCCAACACACAAAAUGGAUGAACUAGUUUCUCUUGUCACAAAGUAAGGCAGAAGGUGCAAUUUGUUUUGUGAUUUAUUUUGCCAUAAAAUAGCAUACAGCAACAUUGAUAACUGUAAGGUAAAUAAGCAAAAUUAACAUGUAUAUCAAUGCGUCAUACUAAUCAUUUAUCUGCAAAAAUGCCUUUGAAGAUCAAAACAUCAUUUAGAUUCACUCUGUGUGGAACAUAUUGUAAAGAAACUGAAUAAUAAACUAUGAAAGUUUUUAUCCACAACAAUUU